CCGUACGCCAGGUGAGCGUGCGCACGUCACAAACGUUUCCAAAUUCAAAAAUUCGCAUUCCGAAUCCCGCGCACGAUAACUUUUACUUUCUUUUUUUUAAUAUUACGUCACAGUCGUGUUACGUUUAGUAAUCGCCGGUAGUUCUGACGCAAGAGUGCUUUCAGUGCAAGUGAAGUGUUCCUUUUUUACAAUUGUGAGUUCUAAAAUGGGAUUGUGACUGGCUGGAGAGCGAAUAAUACUUAUCCUACGAUGUCGUCGGAGGCGGGGGGGUGCGUGAACAAGGCGUUCGAGGGCGCCGACGAUGGCUUCCACACCAUAGACCUGCGCACUGGCAGGCGGGAAGACGACCCUCGGGCGACACCACAGGCGUCAACAGAAGCAGAAGCGACCUCCCCGAAGAGUUCAGGUCAGGAUGAGGAGCACUCACUCAAGUGUGGCUGGGGCAUGUUCCGACCCUCGUGGCUGCAGCGGUUCAGGACAGCUAAAUGGGCGCUUUUCUGGUUAUGCUGGGCUGGUGCUAUACAGGGUAUGGUGGUGAAUGGGUUCGUGAACGUGGUCAUCACCACGAUAGAAAAGAGAUUUGGCUUGAGGUCUAUGCAGACUGGAGUUAUAGCUGGAGGAUAUGACAUGGCAUCAUUCGCGUGCCUAGCGCCAGUGACGUACCUAGGUGGUCGCACGGGCUCCUCCAAGCCGCGAUGGUUGGGCCUCGGGGUGCUUCUCAUGGGCACGGGGUCCCUGCUGUUUGCGUUGCCACACUUCCUAGUCCCGAACUACAAAAUAGCGGGGAAUGAGGCCGCUGACUUGUGCACGCCGAAUCGAACGGCGACAUCAUCCUGCGAUGGCAACGUGCCCUCCGAAGGCGGCGCGUGGGCAGUCGCCGUGUUCGUGUUCGCGCAACUACUGCACGGCGCCGGCGCAACGCCACUGUUCACGCUGGGCGUUACGUAUAUAGACGAGAAUGUGUCGAAGAAGAUGUCGUCUGUUUAUCUGGGUGUGUAUUAUACAAUGGCAGUCGUCGGCCCAGCGAUGGGCUACGUGAUCGGAGGUCAAAUGCUCACCAUAUACACAGACUUCCUCAGUGUUGACUCUGAAACGUUAGGCGUAACUCCCGUGAGCUCAGUCUGGAUCGGCGCGUGGUGGGUGGGGUUCAUCCUGUCGGCGGUGCUCUGCCUCAUCGUGGCCAUACCGCUGAUGGCAUUCCCGCAUGAGUUGCCUGGUGCAGCCGAAAUCCGAGCAUCGAAAGUAUCUGAAGCGCACGAAGGUGCCGCUUCCAAGUCAGCAGCUUUCAGCGCAUUGCACGAGCUGCCUCAAGCGGCUGCAGCUCUGCUCCGGAACCCCACGUUCCUGUUCCUGAACUUAGCUGGAGCCAGUGAGGGCAUGCUCAUAUCGGGGUUCGCUGCCUUCCUGCCGAAGCUCAUUGAGAACCAGUUUGCUGUUAACGCUUCGGAAGCAGCCUUGCUUUUAGGUGUAAUCACAGUGCCAGCAGGCGGUGGGGGCACGUUCCUCGGCGGAUGGCUGGUGAAGCGCUGGCGGCUGGCGUGCGGCGGCAUCAUCAAGCUCUGCGUGGCUGCCACGCUGGUCGCCGCCGCCUUCACCUUCUGCUUUGUGCUGUCUUGUGAUGAUUAUCCCUUUGCAGGUGUCACUGUUAUGUAUAACAGUCCUUCAGUGCCGGGUGGCGACCCCCUAACAGCGCUCUGCAACACGGACUGCUCAUGUGCCGCUGCGGCCUACUCGCCGGUGUGCGGCGCAGACGGCGCGGUGUACUACUCCGCGUGCCACGCCGGCUGCGCGCGCGUCACGCUGGCUGGCUCGGCGCAGCUCUACCACCAGUGCGAGUGUAUCGUGGCGAGGGACAAUGUCACGCUGCCGAGAUAUGAGGUUGAUGGAGUGUCAAACUCGUCGAUCUCGUACGAGGCUAUCAACAGUAUCUGCGCGACGGACUGUCCGUUCCUGUGGUUAUUCGUGUGCCUCUCCUUCGGAGUCAUGCUGUUCACAUUCCUGGCUACCAUGCCUGCGCUGUCAGCUACAUUAAGAUGUGUUCGCGAAGACCAGCGCUCCUUCGCGCUGGGCAUCCAAUGGAUCAAGGUCCGGCUGCUGGGAACCAUACCGGCUCCCCUACUGUUCGGCUUCCUCAUCGACCUAUCGUGUUCGCUGUGGUCCACAUCGUGUGAUAAGACUGGCGCUUGCUUGCAGUAUGACAACUAUAAUAUGAGCAGAUACAUGCUUGGCAUUGCCUUAGUAGGCAAGCUCUGUUCUCUCCUAUUCUUCUUCCUAGCGUGGUGGUUCUACCGUCCCCCAGGCAGCAAGAACGGGAAUGCCGUAGUCCCGUCCGUGGACCUCGUGGUCUGUGCCGAGAAGACCAAUGGCAAUGUCACCAGUGUAACCAACGGCACCGUGGAACGAGGCACCAAUGGAUACUGCAAUGCGGCUUUGGAAUGCAGCGACCAUUUGUAAGGAACUUAAUGAGUGGUUUUCUAUUUUAAAUUAAAAAAAAGUUCCCAAGACAAUGAUAGAUGGAGCUGUAGGUACCUGCCAGUAACGUACCAAGAUCAGCGACAUCUAGGCAUCAGCUAGGAAAAGAAUAAAAAGAAAAUCCCUCAUUAAGACUACUGUUAGAAAUGAUUGAAUGAAAUUAGUCGUAAAUUACCAUUUUAUAAGGUGUUUUUGAUAUUGUAAGUCAAUGGCUCACGAAGACGGGUUUAGAGGUAGUCGUAACAAAUAGCGAGGCCAAUAAUCAUAGUUCGUGGGAGCAUUCUCGAAUUUUCGAUUCAACUAUUGUGUAUGGUGAUUGUAACCGUGACUUUGUAAAUAUUGUGGAACCAAUAAAUUAGUAGCUACACAUAUAAGAAUAGAGUUAUGAACAAUUUUUAGAAGGAAAUUGUAUCGUAACUAUUUGAAGUCGAAAAUAUGUAUUUAACUAUAUAUCGUCCAUUUGCGACGACAGUGUGACAUCUCACAAAAUCGCAGUUUGUACUAACUAUACAGGCGUGUUUUUGUGUUUAUAUUAACUAUAUAGGCGGGCUAUAGCCUAUAGCGGCGUAUUUUGUAAUAUAUAAAACAUGUUUGUGUUUAACUGACUACAGUAGUCGAUGGCACCUAAAAAUGCACAAUUUAGUUAUACGCCUAAUUUUCGAGUUGUGUACAUUAUAAAAUUACUGUUUUUUUACAUUCCAAAAUAAUAAUAACAUGAAUAGUUCUGUUGUAAAAUAUCUGUGAUGUAAUAGUCUGUAGAUAAUUGUAAGUAUGACGCCGAUGUAAGCUCCUAUACUAAGAUUUUUAGCGUGUGUAGAUUUGUGCACCUAAGUAUCAAACGGGGUGCGUUGGUUUUUGCAAAGGUGCAACUAAGAAUAUUUCGGCGGGUGUAGAAUUUGGUUAUACUGUUAAAUUAUUUAUCAAUGCUACUUGUAAGUACAUAACUAAUUUAUAUUUAAAGUUGUUAUUUUCCUGUUUUCGUUAUUAUUUUUUACUUGAUAUUUUUGUAAAAACUACGCACUCCAAUCUAGGCCGUAUGUAUAAUUAAGUAGAGUACAAUUUGGGAAGGCACAAUUUUGGAUAUUAUUUUAACUUUUUGAACACCAUCAAGAUAAAGGUUAGGGUACACUUGUACAUACAUAGUUUCUAACUUAUUUGUUGUUAAAGCAAAAACAAUAGUUGUUAAAAUUGUAUUUUGGUUGAAGACUGAUUGUUUACUAGUAAUUAAUAAAAUAUAAUAAAUAGUUUAUAUUAAGAAUAGGUCUGUAUAAAAUAGUUUUAGAUGUGACUGUACUUUUACUGAAUUAAAGGAUCAUGUAAAAAAACAAUUAUAAAUAGUUCCGUACAAUAGCCACUUUUUCAAGUGGUUAUUAGCACCAAACUAAGACCAAUUUUUUAAUGAUUCUUUGGUUUAAGGAAAGCAGAGUUAGAUCCAAAACCCCUUUUAAAGUAGGUAAUGCAACUUCAAACAAAAGUCUCAAUCAGUGGUCUGUACAUAUUUGGCCUAAAACAAACAUCUGGACUGUACUUGAUCAAUUUUAUACAAUGGAUCCAAAUUUUGGAUCCAUAAUGAGUCUUUAGAGUCAACUGCUAUCGGUAAAAGUAAAUGCAAUAGUAAUUAGUAUUUUAUACAAAAAUGCAAUUUGUAAAAAUUUUACAUCGUUUUUCUAAUGUAAUUUGUAUCAUAUAAUGUAAGUCAUCAAUUUUGAAAUUGUACAAUUUUACACGGAUUGAUUGGAAUAAAAAUCAUAAAAUAAA